AUGCCCCAAGCUCCUCCUAGCACUUCUCCUCGGACCAAUCACAAUCUCCAUGAUUUUAACCCCCAUUCGAGACGGGAUAUAGAUCUUAUCUCGGGUGCUCUCGGUGGCAAGGUUCUCGGUUUCUCGGACGAAUGGUUCGCCGAAGCGGCCAACCUCCUCACCCCUACGGCCCCUAUCCGCCAGCCCGGAAAGAUGGUUUACACCGGUGCUUGGUACGACGGAUGGGAGACGAGGAGACACAACCCCGCCGAGUUCGAUUGGGUUGUGAUUCGUCUGGGCGUCGCCUCAGGCACCGUCGAGGGUGUCGAGAUUGACACGGCUUUCUUCAACGGCAACCAUGCCCCCGCCAUCUCGGUCGAGGGUUGCUUCAGCCAGAACGACGAUGAGGUUCUCUCAUGGAAGGGCGAGCGUGGUGGAUGGGAGACUAUUCUUGGCAUCCAGGAGUGCGGCCCUUCGCAAAGAUUCGGCUGGAAGCUCGAGAACCCUACCAAGAAGCAAUACACCCAUGUGCGACUAAACAUGUACCCCGACGGCGGCAUUGCCAGAUUCCGUCUGUUUGGACACGCCGUACCAGUUUUCCCCAACGAUACAGAGGCCAUUUUCGACUUGGCGGCUGCUCAAAAUGGCGGAGUUGCCAUCUCCUGCAGCGACCAGCACUUCGGCACCAAGGACAACCUUAUCCUUCCGGGCCGCGGUAAGGACAUGGGUGAUGGUUGGGAGACAGCGCGCUCGCGUACCAAGGGCCAUGUCGACUGGGCCAUCAUCAGACUCGGCGCGCCCGGCUACAUCCAGAACUUCAUCGUCGACACAGCUCACUUCCGUGGCAACUACCCCCAGCAGGUCAAGCUGCAAGCGAUCGAGUGGAAGGGCGAGGGUGAGCCGGGAGCGGACGCUGAGGGCUGGACAGAGGUUGUUGAGCCCAUCAAGUGCGGCCCUGAUCAAGAACACCCUGUCGAGAGCUUGGUGAAGGACAAGCCAUUCACCCACGUCAAGCUCAUCAUUGUGCCUGAUGGCGGAGUGAAGAGACUGCGGGUGUUUGCGAAGAGGGCUGUUUAA